AUACGUUCGCGAAAGAACAAGAAGACUCUACUUUGCUCAGACUCUUACUUCUCUUCUUACUCCUACCGGACUUGAUAGGUUAUUUGUACGUGGGUUUUUGUGUACGUGUGGAAGCCAGAAGUUUCUUUUUUUGUCUCCCCUCGCCUCCAAGAUAGUUCCGGGUGCUGAUGCAAGAGGAUCUCCUCCUUGCUUGCCCCGGUUCUUUUUCUUCUUGCACGCCGUUCUUAGUCCGCCCUAAACUUGAUCCGAUCUGCACGGUCAGAAGUGUGUGUGGAAGGAGAGGGGGCGGGGGUGCCCAGUUCGCUCGAGUUCUCCGUCGCCCAGGAGGAAAGGGAGGCGACAGGAUAAAAAGAGGGGCCAUUGGAGGAGAGCUCGAAACCUGGCAGGACUCUGUUGAUCAGACUUCGGCACAUACAGGUCGAGAUCUAGUGGAACCUGGAUACCAAAAACAAUCAAGUCACAUUUCAUUAAAUAACCAAGGAGAUGAUGAUGUGGAUUUGGAAGCUUUAGUUAACAAUAUGAACUCCUCAUUUGAAAGUCUGUGUUCCAGCUUCUGUAUGCAUUCAGAAAGUACACCACUCCUUCAGAAUGGCAGCCAGCUGUUAGCUUCAGGAACUAGUUCGCUGCAUCCAGUGUCUCCACGACAGAAAAUACAGAGGUCUCAACCAGUUCGCAUCAUGGCAGUCAGACGUCUGCAGGAAGAAGAACAACAGUUCAGAACAUCCUCUUUGCCUGCCAUUCCAAAUCCUUUCCCUGAACUUUGCAGCCCCACAAAUUCACCUGUGUUGGCACCAGGAUCUCUACCUCAGAGUCAACCUAUGAAUAAGCAAGAUAUAAAAGUUUUUAGUGAAGAUGGGACUUGCAAGGUAGUUGAGAUCUUAGCAGAUACAACAGCCCGGGACCUCUGCCAGUUGCUCGUUUACAAAAGUCAUUGUGUGGAUGACAACAGCUGGGCCUUAGUGGAGCAUCACCCUCUCAUAGGAUUAGAGAGAUGCCUGGAAGAUCAUGAACUGCUUGCUCAAGUUGAGUCUACCAUGGGAAAUGGAAGUAAAUUUUUAUUCAGGAAGAACUAUGCAAAAUAUGAAUUCUUUAAGAAUCCUGUGAAUUUUUUUCCAGAACAGAUGAUUGCUUGGUGUGAACAAUCAAAUGGUAGUAUUCCACAAUCACAACUUUUACAGAAAUUUUUAAAUUCAAAUAGUUGUCCAGAAAUUCAGGGGUUUUUACAUGUGAAAGAAUUGGGAAGAAAAUCAUGGAAGAAGCUGUAUGGUUGUCUGAGGAAAUCUGGACUUUAUUGCUCUACAAAAGGGUCUUCAAAGGAACCAAGACACCUGCAAUUGCUAGCUGAUCUUGAAGACAGCAAUAUCUUUUCAUUAAUAGCAUGCAAAAAAAUGUACAGUGCACCAACUGACUAUGGCUUUUGUAUAAAGCCCAAUAGAGUAAGGAAUGAAGCUAAAGAAUUAAGAUUGCUGUGUGCUGAGGAUGAACAAAGCAGAACAUGUUGGAUGACUGCCUUUAGACUGCUCAAGUAUGGGAUGUUGCUAUACCAAAACUACAGAAUUCCACAACAGAGGAACAAUCUGCUUCCUCACUUUGCCACUCCUGCGAGAAGUGUUUCUGAAAAUUCAUUAGUAGCAAUGGAUUUUUCUGGACAAAUAGGAAGAGUGAUUGAAAAUCCAGAAGAAGCACAGUGUGCAGCUUUGGAAGAAGGCCAUGCAUGGAGGAAACGUAGCACAAGAAUUUUGGGGAAUCAAAGCCCACUUCAUCCUUCCUUGCUAAGCACAAUUAUUCAUAGGACACAACACUGGUUUCAUGGCAGGAUCUCAAGAGAAGAAUCACACAGGAUUAUUAAACAACAGGGUCUUGUGGAUGGAUUAUUUCUUCUUCGGGACAGCCAGAGUAAUCCAAAGGCAUUUGUACUUACAUUGUGUCAUCAUCAAAAAAUUAAACAUUUUCAGAUUUUACCGUGUGAAGAUGACGGACAGAUAUUUUUCAGUCUAGAUGAUGGCAGCACCAAAUUCACUGACCUAAUACAACUUGUUGAAUUCUAUCAAUUAAACAAGGGAGUUUUGCCUUGUAAACUCAAACAUCACUGCAUCCGGGUGGCCUUGUGACCUCUGUACCAGUCCAUGCAGAUGACUAGUUUGUUCCAAGACUGGAGAUGGAAGAGAAGUUUUGUUGAAGAAAGUUGACCUUGGGACAUUAAGCCAACUUGUAAUUGCUUUUGAGGAACAAAAUGUAUCAUCAAAAUUAGGGGACUUGGAAAGGGAUGCUUGAGCUGGUGCCAACAGUCCAAGAUUUGACUCUUGUCUAAAUCCUAUGCCUGAUUCUGCUGAGUGUCCCAGCAACUGCCCCCCCCUUGCCCAAACUGGGAAAAAUUAUGUAAAAACACUAAACAAAACUGGAAAUUGUCCCUUGGCUUGCCACAUAACAGAGUCAGGUUUGUGAAGCAAAAUUAUUGAAAUGAACUCUUGCCCUGGAUAAAUCUUGACAAUUUAAAACUGAGUAUUUUCUUCUUUUUAUUGCUUGCUUUCUUUAUAUUCCUCCCUCCCUCCCUCCCUCCUUCUCUCUUUCUCCUUCAAUAUUUUUGCACUCCUUUUGAAAAUUUUAUUUAGCCUAUAUUAGAUGAUACAGUUUUUAAAUUGAUGCCUGACUUGGGUGUUCUAAAUCAUAUAUUGAGUAAUUUGCUUUAGCCUUAUAAUCUAAAAUCAAAAAAUAGCUUCUCCAUUUUGAAAUUAAAUGUGGCACCGUUUGUGUUGAAGAAACAACAUGGAGAACAAUUCUGGGAAGGAAAAUAUCCCACUAGUGUAUGCUUUAUAAUAUAAUGGCUGUAUGUGUCUGAAAGAGGACUCUGCUUCUAUGCACAGAUGGUUUGAACUGUUUCAAUUGUCCCCCUCCUUCCCAAUCUGCUGGAGGUCCUCUUUCUGCACAGCUGCCAUGGGAAAAUCCACUGUCAGUAGCCAGUUUAGCAUUGAAUGAUAAUAUAUGUAUUUGGACUCAUUUGGCUUUUUUUUUCUUUUUAUGUUUUGAUUGGGAGUGAAUAGAUUGUCAUUUAUGUAGUAUAUUUGGUAUAAAACAAAUCAGUGUUUGCUAUUUUUAGCAUUAUUUCCUUCACUCUUCAGAAUGUAUGAUAUAGCUCCAUUGCACAUAUAACACUGCCUAGUCUUCUAGCCAUGGUUAGGAAUUUAAGAGUGCUCUGUAAGUCUGCAUGUUCCUUCCAAUUAUUUUUUCCUCUGGAAGUGUAUUUUUUAAUAAUCGAAGCACAGUUCUGAUUUUAUGUUUCUUUGCUUAAUGGAAAUACUAUUGUUGGGGUUACACAAAUUAUAAAUAGAAUCAAAAGUGAAAGCAAAGGAGAAGUGUUCAUGUAGCAUUCUCAAUCUUUUCAAUUAUAGCUAGAUAUUGAGUCCUCCAGCAGCAUGAAUAUACUUUUCCUAAAUGAUGACAUGAUAAAUAUGAUUUUCAGUAAAGUAAAUGUGAGAAAUGCAGUCUGAUUACAUGCUGCUGGACUGUGAGUUUGGUCAAAACUGUGGAAAUUAUCCCUCAAGCACUGCUUCACAUUCUCUCCAUCUAUUUCAGUCUAAGCUGUAAAAGAGAGCAAUACAUGUGUAGCAAUAUAAUAACUGGAUAAAUCAUUUUCAUUUGGAAAUUAUAUGCUCAGUUGUCUCUGCCACAGAAAGACAUGCCGUUGACAGUUCAGACAAUUUACUUUUUUGGAAUUUGUGCACUAAAAUUUGCAUGCCAGUAUCCGUAACAACUAGAGAAACCUUACUCCAAGUCCUAGUUCAUCAUCCUACUAUGAGUCCUGGUUUAGGGUUCCUAAAACCAUAUACUUAGAAUGUUAAUUUGUACAUAGCUAUGCAGAACAAAUAAUGCUUUGUUUCUCUUGAAAAGCACAGCUUUCUAGCUGUAAAUGUGGCAAAUAAAAUUAUAUGCCACUAAAGUGAGAUAUCUGUCAAUGUAAUGAUAUUGACUCAUGUUUUCUAAUUCUGCAUAACUAUGUGCAUGGAGAUAUACCAUGUGAAGAAUUUAAUAACAAUGGAAUCAAGGCAAUGCUUGUUAAUAUUUCAGCUUUUCAUGUUUACAUAGCAACACUUCUUUCAUUGAUAGCUUGCACUUAAAUAAGGUCAAUGAUUAUGAUUUUCGUGUUUUGGGGAAGAUAGUUAAGUGCAUAUAGGAAGUGGUUUAUGUUUUAUGUAUCAAGAAAUAUGUUCCAGCCUAUGAAUGUUCAGAAUUACUUGCGAGUGAAAUAUUUUCUCUCUUGCUCCAGGAAUCUUGAACCUUUAUAUUGAUAUUAAUUAAUAUUAAUUAAUGCAUGUGACUAAUAGCAAUCUGAACAGUUGAAAUUGAGUACAGUUAUUUAUUCACAAGGUAAUCAUAUACUGUUAAGAGUAGCUUAAAACAAUAUAACCAGCUUGAUUUUCCAUAGCAGAUGAAAAAAAACACUGUAUUUUAGUUUACAGAGCAAAUCUAAUAGGGGUUUUUCCAUGAAAUUUCUAUAUAUACAGUGAAGAAACUUGAUUUUUGUUAGAAAUAUUUUGAUUAUUACAUUUUACAUAUUUUGUAAACAUCUAUAAAGUAAUAUGAAUUGACUUAAUAUUGCAUAUUCAUAAAAUGGAUUUAAACUUUUUUUUUCCAAAAUACUGAUUUUCAAAUUUAAAUGAAGUUGUUUGAGUUUAGUAGAAACUAAGUUAUUUUUCAAUAUCUUGGCUCCAAUUGUUCAGUUUCCCAGCAAUAGUUUCAUGUUAUAAAAAUUGCAUUUAACUGAAUUUGACAAUAUAAGUUCUUAUUAUAAAUUUGAAUGAAGAGAGCAAACUGUUUUGUACUAUCUUCAGAAUUACUUGAGUACAAUCUAACCUGUUUUAAAAUUACUAACAGAUACAGCUAUCUGACAACUUAGGAAAUAAGGGUUGAAGGAAAUUUGAUUUUUUUAAAAAAAAAUAUUUAAAUGACAUGAAUGUAAAGAGGGAUGCUCAGGGUUGUUCUGGAGCCUGUUGAUUUUAUUUUAUUUUUGCCUGUGAUUGUUUUGUAAAUAAAAUAUAGCAUCUUGUAAUAUGUUAAGAAGGAAAAUGCCAAACCAUUUGGUAAUUUUUUUUUAAAAAAAUAGAUAAAUUAUAUUAUUUGUGUUUUUUAAAAGUACAGCUUUUUAUUUGUUGAAUUAAUCUUGAAGAAAAAUGUGCCUCUAUUUUUAGAUUGUUUUGUCUUAACUUUUCUGCACUAAGUACCUGACCAUUUUGACCAAUCAAUGCACCUUUCCAGUGGCAAGACUUGCUUAGCAUAAACUAUAUUAUCAUACCACAAAACUUUAUUGUGACUGUAAAAUGAAAUAAAAGUUAUCAGGGAAUGCAAAAAUUAUUAACUUAAGGGACACAACCUCUUAUUCAAUAUGCAUUGCUUCAUAUUGUAAAUAGCUUUCCUUUUUUUUUUUUUUUGACUAGUGAACUUAAUUGUUAUCUUUCAGGUAUUUUUGUACAAACGGGACUGGUUAUAUUUCUUACACUUAAAUGUUUAGAAAUAAACAUUCAAACAAUGGUAUUCAUUUUAUACUGUUGGUCAAGUUUCAUUUUAUUUUCUCAAAGGGGCAAAUCUACCCAAUGCAAUACCAGAUGUAGGCAAUUGUACUGCCUGUGGACUAUUUUUCCAUUAACUGGAGCAAAUUAGCAAUUUACCUGAACAUUAUAUAUAUGUAUUCAUUUUAUUUAUUUUUUAAUUAAAAGACUUUCAGAGCAACUGCCAUUAAAAAAUGUAGAAUGUAUAAGAAACCAUCAAUUUAAUAUUCAUAUUAUGCAACUUUAAAUGAACAAUGCAUUUUGAUCAAGAUGUAAUAAACAAAUGCUCAUACAUUUCAUGCAAAUACUUCUUCAUUAUUAAGACCUGCAAAGCCAAAAAUAAGUAUUUUAUCAUAUGUGGAGAAAUAAAUAGGGAGUCUUUGUUACAAGAAGAGAAUUGAUAUUAUAUUCUUAAAGUAUUCUUGCUACCAUAUUUGGAUUGUUUGAAAUUUAGAACGGAACAGAAUAACAGAGUUGGAAGAAGCCUUGGAGGUCUUCUAGUCCACCUCCUAUACCAUUUCAGACAAAUGGUUGUCCAAUCUCUUCUUAAAAGCUUCCAGUGUUGGAAUAUUCACAACUUCUGGAGACAAGUUUGUUCUACUGAUUAAUUGUUCCAACUUCGGGAAAUUUCUCCUUAGUUCUAGGUUGCUUCUCUCCUUGAUUAGUUUCCAGUCAUUGUUUCUUGUCCUGGGCUCAGGUGCUUUGGAGAAUAGCUUGACUCCCUCUUCUUUGUGGCAACCCCUGAGAUAUCGUAACACUGAUAUCAUGUCACCACUAGUCCUUCUUUUCAUUCUAGACAUACCAGCAACUGUUCUUUAUAUGUUUUAGCCUCCAGUCCACUAAUCAUCUUAAGGUAGCUUCAUAUUGAGUGUUUAUAGCAAUUUAGUUCAGAUAUAAUCACUAGGAAUAUAUUUGUAAUCCCAAUUAAAGGUUGUUCUUCACUUAUAAUCAUUUGUUUAGUGACCGUUCAAAGUUUAAACUGCAUUGAAGAAAGUGACUUAUGACCAUUUUUCACAUGAUCAUUGCCGCAUCCCUGUAGUCAUAUGACCAAAAUUUGGAUAUUUGGCAACUGGCAUGUAUUUAUAACAGUUGCAGUGUUUCAAUGUCAUGUGAUUACCUUUUGUGACCUUCUGACAAAAGUCAACGAGGGAGCCGGAUUCACUUAACAACAUGUUAUUAACAAUUACAAUGCUUUACUUAUUGUUGUUGCAAGAAAGGUUGUAAAAUGGGGCAAAACUCACUUAACAACCGUCUUAUUUAGCAGUGUAAAUUUUGGACUCAGUUUUUAUCGUAAGUUGAAGAGUACCUAUAUAUAAUCUUGCUUUUUAUAUUUGUGAUAAUACCUUGAAUUUUAAUUUUAUUAAUUAUUCCUGUAGUAUGUAGAUUAGAUCAUUGGCAGAAAUAAUGGUUUUAAUUUUAAUAUUGAAUGUAAUUUUGUUGGUAAGCGACCAAAAAAUGAUGAUGAUGAUGAUGACAAUGAUAUAACUACCAAGGCAAGAUCUGUUCUCCAGAGAAGAUGAAAACUAGUGAGUCAAUUAAAGAUGGAAAACUGUAUUCUUGGCCACCAAUGAUACCUGCAUUGCAGUCCAGGAAAACCCCUAACUCCUUUAUGAAAGAUUAAGAAAUGUAUGUAUUAUUUGUCUACGUUGGGUUGAAGUUUACCUUGUUAGUAUUCAAGUUUACCCAAUAAGCCUUCACAUUACCAGCCCAAAAUUUAUUCAGUCAUAUUAUGUAUAAGAUGAGGGAACAAUGUGUCUUUGCAUACUGAUAAAUUGCAGUAUAAACUGUCUGAUAGGUUCUCCUAAAUGUCAAGAGCAAAGUCAUCCUUGGUAUCAUUUUCUGGAAUUGUUAGCAGUUUCCUCUGAAAAUAACAAAAUAGCAACAAUAUUUGGAGUAAUAAAGCUACAUAUUUUAGAAGAAACAAUUUAGAAGCAUACCAUGAUCAAUCAAUAAAAAAAACUAGAAAAAAGGAAAUGAAACAUUUUACCUUUUCUAUCUUGGCAGAAUUUACAAGUUGCGAAACAAAAUAUUUGAGAACUUGUAGCAAUAGACUUCAAUGUACCAAACAUUUUGUCAGUCUUCUCAGAUUUUACAAGAUGAAAGUCCAAUGCAGUACUGGAUGAUGCUAUAGUGGUGUCUACCAGGGCUAUGGAAAUCUUUGAAGGGAUGUUUUGCUUCAACAAAGUUUCAUGCAAAGGGCUUCCUCAAAGUUGUUUUGUUAGGCCAUUCUGAAAGGCUGUUAAUAUUUUGCAUGGUGGGCAUGCUACUCACCAAAAAUGUUGAUGAAAUCUGUUGAAGGCAUGCUGUUUGCUUUUCUGAUAAGGCUCAUUAAAUGUGACACUCUGCUUUCUCCAGCAUGCCCUCAACAAAAUCUGAAGAGAGUCCUACUGAAUCAGAGUCCUGCAUGAUAGCCUCAUUUGACUUUCAACCAAAACAUAAAAGACCAGGAGAUGCUUCAAGGCAAUAUAAAAGGUUUUCUUCAAAUAAAUUGCAGGGCCUAUUUGGUUUUUAUAAUUUGCCAUGCAAAUUAUAUUCCCAUCUUUCCCUAAUAUUACCAAAUUAUGUGUUCAGGAUAGCACACAUAAGAAUGCUACUCCAAAAACUCAAAAUAGUACUUUCUUCAGUUGGUCUCUCAAAAAUUUUCCCAUUUGUUAAAGAGAACAUCUUGGCUACUGAUGCUUCCCAGUAUCUAUGUAUUAAACAAUGUGUGUUUAUAUGUACAUUGAAGAAAAUUUAGUUACAUGCCAAUGUAAGUGCAUUGAGCAACUCUUGAAUUAUGCCCAGGAUCUCUCUAUUCGCAUUGAGGAGCUCAUGUAUGUAUAUUGAUAUGUGUAAUAUGAAUAAAUUUUCUUCAAUAUU